UGGUUCAGUGCGCGUGCGGUGUGCGGAGAAGAGUGCAGAGGGAGAAAGCGUGUGAAAAAUCGUGUUUUCGUGGUUUUGUUUACACGUGUUCUAUGGGGAUAUAGUAUUUCACGGUUUUUUGUUUUUACAAGAUCUUUUAUGUAAUAAUGUGAUGGAUGUUGGACUAGUUUCAUCACGAAGAAUAAAGUGAACAGCGAUAAAUACAUCUGUUUCAAAACGGCACACGUUUCGCUUGGUAUUAGUUAUACGUUGAAUUAAAGCGAAAUGUCUUUUCAAAGGAAAAGAAACUGACCUUGAAAGUACCGUAUAAUGGAACAGUGUCCCGAGAAGAUGCCCGAAAAUGGCCCAAAUCUUACGGUGACCUUGAGCUUCGAAAAACUUUUUUGAGGAGAAGAAAAAUGGUGGCAGUAACUACGAACGAGCGGGACUUCCCUCCAUCGUCGAAUGUGGACUGACAGGAUCUCUCUUGUGUGUGGAAAUUCAGUCUGAAAAAGUGACAUGCGAGAUGGACAUUCUGGCGGGCGAUGUGGAAAUUGUUCUUCCUCCUGACGAAGAAGAUCCACAUGUGCGAAUAGUAGGAAACCCAGAGUCCGUACGAGUGGCAGGUGCCAUGGUGCGGCAAGAACUCGAGCCUCAUAAUAAGGUUACGAUGAAGAUGGAUGUGUCCUGGACUCACCACUCUCAUAUCAUAGGAAAAGGAGGCAACACGAUACAGCCAGUUGUAAAGAGAACAGGUGUGAGCAUUCAUUUUCCUGACGGUAAUAAAAACAGUGAAGUGCGCAAGAGUAAUCAGGUGUCGAUCAACAGUCGGGGUGAAGAGCUAGCCGGCUUGGAAGACGCACGCGGCGCUAUUCGAGAGCUGACUCCUCUCGUCUUCUCCUUCUCCCUUUCCGCAAAUGCUCAGUUUGUUAAUAUAUCCGACCCUAACAUGCUGAUCUUCCAUGUGCAGAAUACGUAUAAUGUUCAGGUUGAUUUGAAACUUAGCGGAGACGUAUCUCCACAUAUUAUUGGUUCUGUGAGGGGGAGUGAGUGGGAUGCUCCUCGUGUAAAGGAAGCUACAUUAUUAAUUUUGCAGGCCUAUUGUGACAAUCUUGCAAAUCAAAUGCCAGUUCAAAUGACAGUGGAGAUUUCUCCACAACACCAUUCUUUUGUUCUCGGACGCAAUAAUGAAAACUUGAAGCGUAUAAUGCAACGUACAGCGACGAAGAUAACCUUCCCAGAUAGUAAUGACCUUUCCCUGCCACCUCUGAAGAAGUCGACAAUAACCAUCUCUGGUGCAAUUGAUAAUGUAUAUCUAGCAAGACAAAAUAUAGUGGGUUCUCUUCCACUGGUUCUUAUGUUUGAUCUGAUGCCAGAUCACUUUGUGGACUCGAGUGAAGUCGCACAGAUUAUGCAAACCCUGGACGUUCAUAUUAUCAUCAAGAACAAGAGAUCAGAUGGUAGACGCCCUGUUAUUAUCAAGGGAGCGGAGAAAAAUGCAGGUAACAUUUAUGAAGCAUGGCGUCUGUUGUCACAGUUGGAGAAGGCACCACCAAAAGCAAGAAUACCCCCAAAUUACCAUAUAUCGGAAGCAGCACCACUGUAUGGGCUUAGCACAGAUCUGAACCUGAGCUGCUGGCUGGGUGGUGGCAGUGGAGGGUCAUCCCCCCUGCCCUCCCCCACCGCCACGCCCGGCCCCCAGGGAGUACCCAACCCUAUCUGGAACCAGGCGCCGGCCACUAACAGCUCUUUGCCUCCUCACUUGGCUAGAUCUCAGUACAAUGCCUUCAUGGUAGAUCCAAGCAAUUACUAUGCCGCCAACUUACUGCUUCGCACUGGCGGAAUUAAUGGGUGUAACAACAACUGCAUCUUGCCAAACUCGUCUCAAGGUGUUGGUGCCAAAACAGCAUUGAAUAUCAAUGCGGUUAGCAAUGGAAUCAGUGGGUUAAAAAUAGCUUGCAACGAUGCUUCCUGUGGAACAAGCAGCAACAGUGGGAGUUCUUUGUCAUCACCAACUCCCUCCCCGCGCAACCCAUCACCGGAGCAGAUGGUUUCCUGCCACAUGGGCACCCCAUCACAGCAGACCAAUUGUAACGAAGCAGAGCAGUCUUCUUCCAGUGAUAUAAAUGCUAUUUCUGCAUUACUGACUGACUUUGAUCGCCGUGCUCCAGGAUGUGAGAAAAAGCAAAUUGAAAUGGCAGCACAGAAAUUGACCUUGUCAGAUUACAGCUCAAAGAAAGUGCAGGCUGCUAAAGCAAUGAAGGAACAAGUCAGCUCAAACCCCCGUACUCCAACCUCCAAUUGGUCAGGUUAUGGCUUUAGUAAGUCUCUCCCAGGCUACAUUAUACGGCAGAAGAUGCAAGAAAGCCGCCAGAUGAAAGCAGCUCAUAAGGGAACCUCUAAUGAUGAUUGGGAAACUUGGCAUCAGCAGCAAGACGUUUCGACAACUGAAAUGCCGCCACCUCAAAAUCUUCAAAAUAUUCAGUAUCCAAGUAGAAUGACAAAGGUGGAUUUAGGCAGCAGUAUUGACCACAUGUCAGCACACCGAUCUCCGGUCACUCUCUCCGCUAGUAACUACAUGGACUGUGUUCUGCCAAGGCCACGCGAGGCUCGGUCUCCUACAGCUAUACAAAAUAUCACUUCUGUGCUUUGUGAUGUCCAGUUGGAGCAGUAUAUUGAUGUAUUUGCGGCUCAAGAUGUUGAUCUCCCAAUGUUCUUGACUCUCGAUGACGCUGACCUCAAGGAGCUAGGAAUAAAGAUAUUUGGACAUCGCAAGAAAAUUCUUAUGGCAAUUAAAGAUUUAUCUUCAAGAAAACCCUUUUCUCAUGGAAACAUAAGAACUGGAAUUGACUGCAGUUCUAGGAGGGACAACGUGACUACAACCUGGGAAUAAAGAUUUUCUAAAUUAUGAAAUGAAAUGGAAAAGGCAACGGAAGGAUUGACAUAUGGAAAGAGAGAUUUUGCUUUGCAUUUUCUGUAAGAUUUAUUAUGUGUAUUUAAAUUUGUAUACUUAGACAUGCAUUUAUAUACAUAUAUUUAUAUGCGUACAUGUUCAUCCAUUCAUCCAUACAUACACACAUUUAUAUACACACACACCACACCACAUAUACCACACAUUCAUAUAUAUAUAUACACACACACACCUGCACACAUUUGUUCACACACACACCUGCACACAUUU